AUGAAAUGUAAAGCAGACAAUCAAGAAAUAUUCAUAAAUAUAACGCACCAAUUAUUCAACAAUAAUAGCAUGUUUCGUAUAAUCGUUGGAAUCCCACCAACACGCAACCAUACUAAUUUUCGUAUUGGGUACUACAACUUUCGAGUUGGAGGAAAAUACUUGAGACUUGAGGAAUUAUUCGCCGCCGAAGGACGAAAUCUUGAACGUAUCUGCGACCGGGACACCUUAUUCUGUGAGGAACAUUGCUCAAAAAAGCAAGAUACUUUUGUUUUUCAGAAACAGAUUCGAGAACAGCUUUCUAUGGAUCACACGCCCGCAAAGGCAGACAAGACCAGCACAACUAUUAAAAGGAAAUGGACGAUACAAUUUAGAAUCCUAAUAAAAAAUAAUCUUAUAUACUCUUGUUACUUACCCGUUAGUAUGUCAUUGAUAACCAUCCCGGUCUGUAUUCGUCCUCAAAUUUAUCCUGGUCCAACACCAUUUUUUGUCGAGACCAGUAGGAGGCAAGCCUCUAGAAAUCCAAAUAGAUUAGAAGCUGAGAUUUUUGCGAGUGAGACUUACCCUUGUAGCGGUUUAACUAGUUCGCUCAUAGUUGAUUAA